UACCAAGUUGUAAUCAUCUCUCCCAUUUCUCCUUCCUCACGCUAAAGUUUGAGAGAAUUGCUCUUCCAUUGCAGACGCGGGAAUCCUCUCGUCAUAACUGAAUAAUCAUUUUCUUCAAGAGGCUUCAGCUUCAAAUCACUUCGAUGCCUUGCAGAAAAGGCUAGCGUUUUGGUGCAUGCUUGCAUUUCCUUUCCAUGGGAAGUUUUCAGCCUUCUGAAAUUUGCAGUUGAGUUCCGCACCAUCUUUACUAUCGUCAGAAGAACCUGUUGGAACACUCAUAUAACGUGGCAAGACCUUGGAGUCACCCAUUUCAAUACCUAAAUUGCCAGUUGAGUUCCUUCUCAAAUAACUGAGUUCAUGCUCAAUUUUCUCCAAGUUUGCAGGUUUUCCGACAGCCUUCUUGUUGCGCAACUUUGAAGACGCGGUGUUCUUGUCCAUCCUGCUUCCUUUGUUUGGUGUGCCGGUUGCACCAUCCAACGGAGAAUUUUGAGCAAUUGAUGACCCCCCUGAAACAGCUAAUCUCUUGGUGUAUGCCGGGAUCUCCUGUCUCUGUGAUUUACCAGUUGUACGCCUCUUGAAAUUCACAGGCAGCUUACUCGAGCGUAGUGGUUUCUUCCGUAUCUGCACCUGUACAGUUGUAGCCGGUUCUGGUAUUUUUUCUGAUGUUACUACCAUUCUACUCAGCAGGGAAGUCCUUGCUAUUGUUGUUUGAUCAUCACGUUCAGCACCUUUGCAAGCGUCAUGGCAAGAACCUUUUGGAUCACUCAGAUGUGCAGCAUAACACCCCCAACUCACCCACCCCAUCAUUUUUAUCUUCCAAGAACUGCAUUGCUUCCAGGAGAUUUUCCUCAUAUCAAACCAUGGUUUCUGAGAGAAAUUUGUCCAAGAAUGUGUGCAUAAUCGGUACGGGACCAUCGGGGUUGGUGGCAGCUAGGGAGCUGAGGAAUGAAGGGCACAAUGUGGUGGUUUUUGAACAAAACCAUGAUGUGGGAGGGCAAUGGCUAUAUCAACCUAAAGUUGAACAUGAAGAUCCUUUAGGAAGGAAUAAUGUCCUAAAAGUACAUAGCAGUAUUUAUGCAUCAUUAAGGCUCACAUCACCAAGAGAGAUCAUGGGGUUUACUGAUUUUCCUUUUGUGGUGAAGAAAGGGAGGGAUCCAAGGAGAUUUCCUGGCCAUAAGGAGCUUCUCUUGUAUUUACAAGAUUUUUGUGAAUAUUUUGGGCUAAGGGAGAUGAUAAGAUUGAACACUAGAGUUGAGUAUGUGGGGAUGCUGAAUUAUCCCGAAUUCGGUAAGGACUUGAGAUGGAUUGUGAAGAGCAAAGAGAAGGAAGCUGAGGAAGGGGUGGAGGAAGUCUUUGAUGCUGUGGUGGUUGCAACUGGUCAUUACUCUCAACCAAGGUUGCCCAACAUUAAAGGAAUGGAUGCAUGGAGAAGAAAACAGAUGCAUAGCCACAUUUACAGGGUUCCAGAACCCUUUCGGAAUGAGGUAGUUGUGGUGGUUGGAAACUCACUAAGUGGUCAAGAUAUAGGAAUGGAGCUUGUAGAUGUGGCAAAGGAGAUCCAUCUCAGUGCCAAAUCUCUUGAGGUUUCUGAAGGAUUGUCAAAAGUUAUAUCCAAGCACCAAAAUUUACAUCUUUGUCCACAGAUAGAUUCAUUACAUGAAGAUGGGAGGGUAUUGUUCGUAGAUGGUACUUCAAUCGUUGCAGACACUAUCAUAUACUGUACAGGGUACUCCUACUCUUUUCCAUUUCUUGACACCAAAGGAAUGGUAGUAGUUGAUGAUGAUAGAGUGGGCCCACUUUAUGAGCACACCUUCCCCCCUUCUCUUGCUCCAUCUCUCUCCUUCGUUGGCAUACCCAGAAAGCUCAUAGGAUUUCCUUUCUUCGAGUCACAAGCAAAAUGGAUUGCCCAGCUGCUGUCUGGGAAAAGAACACUCCCCUCAUGGGAUGAGAUGAUGCAAUCCAUCAAGGAAUUUUAUCGUUCAAGAGAAAUUGAUGGCAUUCCAAAGCAUAAUACCCAUGAUCUAGCUAAUUUUGAGUACUGUGACAAGUAUGCAGACUACAUAGGAUUCCCACAUUUAGAAGAAUGGAGGAAAGAACUCUGCCUGUCAGUACUAAGAAAUGCAGAUAAGAACUUGGAUACAUAUCGAGAUUCAUAUGAUGACAGUGAGAUGCUACAAGAAGCUUAUCAAAGUCCACACUUUGCUCACCUUGGUCCCGAGACUUUUUGAAUCUGAAAGCAUAAACACAGAUGGAGUGCAACCAAUUUUAAUUCAUUUAUUUCUGAAGUAGAUUUGUCCAGCUAUGUAGUAUUUACUAGCUUCUAUCAAAGUGGAUUUUUUUUUUUCUUUCUAUUCAGGAAAGAAAUUUUGUUUUCUUUAUUUAAAUAUUAUAGCUGAAGGCUAUUCUCUAAUAAUUAUUGUAUGAUAUAUGAAGUGAAAUCCAUUUAUAAGACCUCACAUUUAUGUUCUGAUUAG